AUUAUUAUAUUACCCUAUUAUCUGAAAACACUUUUUAUGCACUUCUGUUGGAUGAAUCCCAUGUGACUCCAGAUAAAUCCCAUGAUCGAAAUGACAUAUAGAUUAAAUUUUCAGGUUCAAUUACUUCACCAAUUAUACCAAAUAAUCUUAAAUAGCUUGGGUUUUCUUUGUCAUAUCACAAGCCAGUUUUAUGACUGAUCCAAUUUUACCUGGGUUGAUAAAAUAAAAAUAAAUAAACUUCUGUAUGACCUUUACAGACGUAGACAUACCAAAUGCAAAGACGCACAAGCCUGCACAUUCUCUGUCUCUGUCUGACUCUCUGUCUGUCUCUUUCUCUUUCGCUUACUGUCCCAUCUCUUGAAUCAUUUUCUGUCAAUCCCUUGCUCUCAUACUGAUCUCUAUUUGAUGCCUAACGGGUUUUGAAAAGAGAAAUAAAAGACAGACAGACAGAAACAGACAGUCUGUAUUUUACUAGCUUUUCUUCAAAGUGGUAAAUGCUUUAAACUGAACUGACUGUGUCUUGUGAGCUCUGCCAUUGGUCCUGACAGCUGUCAUUCACCAGGAAGGCUCUGAGAAACAAGGCAGGUGGUACACUCUUCAAAAUUCUCCCUAGGGAUUGUGUUCCCUGCCAAAAUUAACCCUAACACACACACACACACACACGCACAUAUGUACAGUGUAUUUCUUUAGGACAGGACCCUCUUUCUGUAUAAACCUAUGGUGGAGUACAGAAGAAAGUGUGUGUGACAAGGCCUUGCUCUGCGUGCACACUUGUAAACUCUUGUUAAUGUGUGUCUGUGAAGAGGCCAUUCCUAUUCUGGACUUUUAAGCAAGGUGGACACACAGCAGUAAUGGGAGACUGGAGUUCUCUUGGGAAGCUUUUGGAAAGCGCCCAGGAACAUUCCACUGUAGUUGGGAAAGUCUGGCUCUCUGUACUCUUCAUCUUCCGUAUUCUGGUCCUCGGUGCGGCUGCGGAGAAGGUCUGGGGUGAUGAACAAUCUGGCUUUACCUGCGACACCAAGCAGCCCGGUUGUCAGAACGUAUGUUACGACAAAACCUUCCCCAUCUCUCACAUACGAUUCUGGGUAAUGCAGAUCAUUUUUAUUUCCACCCCUACCUUGAUCUACCUUGGCCACAUUCUGCAUCUGGUGCGCAUGGAGCAAAAACAAAAACGCAGCGAUGCAGGCGGGCCAGAGAGGCAGGCGUUGCUAAGCACCAAAGUCGGAAAAGGUCCCAUCCGGGAUGAUCAGGGUAAGAUUCGUCUGCAGGGGGUUUUGCUACGCACGUAUGUCUUCAACAUCAUCUUCAAAACACUGUUUGAGGUGGGCUUCAUUGUCGCACAGUACUUCCUGUAUGGAUUUGAACUGAAGCCACUGUACACCUGCAACAGGUGGCCUUGUCCAAACACGGUAAACUGCUACAUCUCACGACCUACAGAGAAAACCAUCUUCAUCAUCUUCAUGCUGGCCGUGGCCUGUGUGUCACUACUGCUCAAUCUGGUGGAAAUGUAUCAUCUGGGUUUUACCAAGUGCAGGCAGGGUCUCCGUUACCGUCGGUCCCACUCUGUAUGCGACACCGAAUCUAAAACCCCCAGCGAGGACGCCGUGGUCCAAUUCGUGGCCAGCUACCCUUAUUUCCCCCCUCAUGCACCACCUCCGGCACCCUUUCCGGCAGAUCCCCAUUUCAACCUCGCGGAACCGGACGGGACCUUUCCUCCUCAUGGUAGCCGAUCUGUUUAUAAGCAGAACAGAGAGAACAUGGCUGUAGAGCGUAGUGGAAAGCCCGAUCAAGCAGAGGUCAAGAGUAACAAAACCUCCAGUUCGGUGCCUGGAUCUCCCGCAAGCCAACAUCGCAGCCAUUCAAGUCGCUAUAGCAACAACAAGACGAGGAUGGAUGACCUUAAAAUCUAAAGGAGAUGAUACUCUGAUUCAGAGCACUUUUAGCACUAAACGUGCACCAUUCAGAGUGAGAUGGAAAACAGGGAAGAUGCUGAAAAAGAAUAUGAGUCAGUUGGUGUGUUGCUUAACUUGAAUUAAAACUUGAUUUAUUUUUGUGGGAUCAAUGCAACGUGAGAAAGAUUGAUCUUGAUCAUACAUUGAACAGGUUGAAGAUUGAAUUAUGGACUGAAUCAUGCUUUUAAUUGAUCUGAAAACAUUUUUAGUUACCAGUAUUAAAAUCUUCACGAGACUUACGGGUAAAAUGCUGACGUGGAAAUUUUGUGAACUACUUAAGCUCUAAAGUGUAAUGGUUGUCAUGGAAACAUACUUGCUUUCUUUAGAUCAAUUAAGAGAGUUAGCGAAAGCUGAUUUACUUAUAGUGCCAGCCGUAAUGACAUUUUACAGCAACCAAACAUUUCUGUUUACACACGUUUACACACAUUUAUACACUUACGCAUUGUUUUCUCUAUAUACUAAAAUGCUUGUUGUUUCAGCGCAUGCUAAUUAAAAUAUGGACAAGCACAAAUUUGGUUUAAAUGAACAUAAGGGAAGAGUUCAUCUUAAAAUUAAAAUUCUGUCAUCAUUUACAUUUCCUCAUGUUGUUCUAAUCCUGUAUGAAUUUCUUUUUUCUGAUAAAGACAAAAUAAGAUAUUUUGAGAAAUGAUGGUAAACACAGAGCAGAUAGUGACCAUUGACUUCCAUAGUAGGGAAAAAAUAUUUUUUAAGUAUUGUGAUAAAUGAUAAAGAAAAUAUUUUGAUAAAUGAUGGUAAGCACACAGUUGAUGGUACCCAUUAAAUUCCAUCAUAUUUUUUAUUCCUACUAUCUGCUGUGUGUUUACCAUCAUUUCUCAAAAUAUCUUCUUUUGUGUUCAUCAGUAAAAAGAAAUUCAUACAGGAACAACAUGAGGAUGAGUAAAUGAUGACAGAAUUUUCACUUUAAAGUAAACUAUCCAUUUUACCUAGAAAAUGUUUAUAUUAUACUCAACAAUGGGUUAAACAACCCAGCAUUUUGGGUUGAAACAAUCCAGCAAAAUUACAACCCAAAGUGCCCUUUUGACCCAAUGCUGGGUUGAAAAUAACCCCUGAUUUAUUUUGGAGUGUAUAAGAUGUCCACAUUUGGUCCAGCCAUGGGUUAAAACAACCCAGCAUACACUGUAAAAAGUGAAAAUUGGAUUUACUUAUAAAAAAUACUUCAAGUGAAAAAUUUUAAAGGAACAGUAUGUAGGAUUGUGGCCAAAACUGGUAUUGCAAUCACAAAACGUGUGGCUAAAACUGGUACUGCAAUCACACAGCUGGUGGCCAAUAUACCAAACGACAACAUAAACAUCAGUUGAGGGCUGCAACUCCACUUUUUAAAUGACAAUAUCCUGGCCGGACCACCGUUGUGAGUGAUAUAAGUAUUUGAAAUGAAAAUGAUUUCUUAAUGUCUAGUGACAUUUCAGGGCUAUUUAAUGAUUAAUUGAUAUAAAUUUCUUACAUAUUGUUCCUUUAAGUUUAAAAAGCUUACAUUUUUUUAGCUGUUACUACUUGGAGUUAGCAAAUUUAAGUGGAACAAACUUAAAAAUGUAGGUGUUACCAAUUAAAGCAUUUUUUUUAAGUAGAUCCAACUUUCACUUUUUACAGUGUAGAUCAUUUUAAACCCAGCGGUUGAGUUUGUUCAUAUUUUACUCAACCAUGGCUUGAAAUAAUCCAGAAUUUUUAUACUGCAUUGUAUCUAAAUGAGAUUUUAAAGAAAAAUACAAAUGGACGGUUUUAGAGAAAUGAUAGCACAUAUUCUACUUAAAAUAUUGAGUUCAAUUUGUGUGGACAUGAAGUCUUCAUGACAGGUUUUAGUUAACAAUCUCACGGCAACUUAUAUUACAAGGUGGCUAAUUUGUACAACCACAUUCUUUCGUCCCGUGAUGUUGGGUUAGGGACAGAGUUUGGGGGUGGGCUUUCAUAAUUGUUUUUUUUUCAAGUAAACAUUUAUAAUUUUGUACAACUUACUUCGUAAGAAUUCAUACAAUUUUCCUGUGAGAUCGUGUUGAUCAUUAUUGGGGUCAUAUUGACAUGCACUGUAACAAGUAAUAGGUUGGUUCAACUGCAGUUGGUAGCACCUACAAAACUUUAUUUCACUUACAUUUUUCACUUACAGUAAAACUCAAAUAAAAAUUUUGGUUGAAUAAACUUACAUUUUGUAGGUGUUACCAAUUAAAGUAACUUUUUAAGUUGAUCAAACUUUUAACUUUUUACAGUGUGCAUGCUUGUCAUUAAUGUAUCCGUUUAAAACAGUUUAGCUUGAAAACCAGCAUUGCAUGAAAAAACUUUAAGCACAUUGAUAUAAACCAAAGUUGCUAUGUGCAAGUUCUCUUUUUAAAUAAACACCAUGGCCUAUUCUUAGAGUGUUCACAGACACACUGUAUGUGUGUUUUCAAAGUGAAACCUGAGAUAAGUCUGGGAGGCUAAUGGGAAGAAACACCGACUGGCUAAAUCUGUACCAAAACUUCUGAAUUGGCUGAAGGCAUCCAAGUGGAUUCCAUAACUUCCUCAAUAUUGGAGUGUAUGACUGGACAGUUAUUGUAAUGGCUACAAUCUGAGCUUUGUCACAAAUAGGCUUUUUGUUAAAUGCUUCAUCCUAAUGGAAAUGCUCUUCAAAGCAACUCACACACAAAUAUUGGGCAAAACAGAAUGUAUGUUUUUUUAAAUAAUGAAUUAAAAAUGAAAAAUAAUAAACUGUUCAGUACAGAUCAAUUAUAUAAACAAGGUCUAUUAUAAAGCAUCAUUUCUUUGCUGUGCCAAUUAUGAGGCCAUCCCACUAGUUUUUUGAAAAACAAGAGCAUAUCACAUUGGAAAGGCAUAUAACCAGAGACCUUCUGCCAGAGAAAUGCUCUACUUUGCCUUAAAACACAAUAUUGGCUGUUCUCACAUAAUAAAUG